ACAUUCAGAAAGCGCAAACAAAUAAAAACGAAGAAGUAGUCUUGUGUUGGGUUACGACUGUUGUAUCACUUAAAAAUUCAGUGAAAUUCUCUUUCGGUGGAUUGUCUAUUUUAUUAUCAAGUUAUAUCUGGACAUUUCAUCAAUGUUUAAGGUGUAAGUUUAACAGAUGUGGAUAUUUUACUUUGUAAUGUAUUAACCUAUAUUUACUACUGUCUAUUGAAUAUUCGCUUGUGUUAUUCCCACCAUCUUGAUAUUUAUAAAGAAUACAAUUUUACUGCUAUUUCUGUGCUGAACAACGACAAAAACAGCGCUAAUUUAUCGUCUUUUUCCGUUCCUUAACUGCAGUGAAAUUUUAAGUCCAAUUUUCAGAACAAUCCACCGUUUGUUGUUCCCCUGAUAUAUUUCCGUACCUUCAUACACAUUCCGAUCAACCAUGGAUUACAAAGAUGCACAACCUAUUGAUGGUAUAUGGUUUACAGAGAGAAACCCCGAUCCAGGACCUCAAGAUGUUGAAAUGGAAUGUAGCGAAUCUGUAAAUGUUGAGGAAUGUAGCGAAUCUGUAAAUGCCAGAUAUGACAUGGAUCCCGAAAAAAAGAAUCUGGCUUUAAUAAUAAAUAACGAAAAGUUUGACGAAUCGACUGAAAUGUCUAAACGACAAGGAUCCGACAGAGAUGCAUCAGCAAUUAAAAAGACUUUGAAGUCAUUGCAUUUUGAGGUGAUCGACCGCAAGAAUUUAUCAGUGAAAGCGAUGACGCAAAUCUUCACGGAUAUAUCCAAGUGGGAGCAUGCGAAGUAUAACUGCUUCCUUUGUGUUAUAUUGACACACGGUGAAGAUGAUAACCAGAUUUAUGGCACUGAUGGCAAAGUAAAUCUUAACGAUUUAGUAGAGAAGUUGCUUCCUAAUAGAUGCCUAAGAUUAAUAGGUAAGCCAAAACUAUUCUUCGUACAAGCUUGUCGGGGAACAAAACUGGACAGAGGUGUAGUUAUGCACGAUGCCGGCGAUGUUAGAGAAAAAUAUCAAAAUGUCACAUCUCAUAAAGUACCACUUUGGGCCGACGUUCUUCUGGCUUAUUCCACUGUCCCUGGAUUUUACUCCUGGAGAAAUUCCACUAAUGGAUCGUGGUUCAUUCAAUCGUUGGCUCACAUUUUGGAAAAAGACGGAGACCGACUUGAACUGCAACAAUUAAUGAUUUCAGUAAAUCGUAGGGUUGCCUAUGAAUAUGAGUCUAAGACUAGACAUUCAGAGACUAAUGAAAUGAAACAGGUUCCUUGCAUAGCAAGCAUGUUGACAAAAGAAUUAUACUUUUACAAGUGAAAUCUUCCUUCUUCUCUCUCUCUCUCCU